CAAUGAAUGCCCUCCCUGUUCUGCCCCCGAUGCAUUGUGGGAUAAAGAAGGUUCUGGCGUCGAGCUGAGAACGUUUCUCCAAAGUCAGAUGUAAUUUCAUACCACAAUUUACUGAAUGGUUCAAUAAAGAAACUUUUUUUUGCAUUUUCCGGCGACAGAAGAACAUAAUUUGGCAGCUGUUGCGGGAGUAUACUCAUGUCUUCGGAGAAAAUGGGAGCUGAUAAAAGGAUUAGUCGGACCGAGCGCAGUGGUCGGUAUGGUUCUGAGCAGUCCCGUGAUGAAUCAGACUGGCGAGACAGACGAGAGAGGGACCAAGAUCGUGAUCGCCGCUGGAGUGAUGAGAGACGUGACCGUUACGAUGGUGAUCGCAGAGGGUCUCGAGACAGUCCAGAGGUACCCUCUCUAAUAUCUUUAGGCUUUUGUUUGUAUUUUGUUUGUGAUAAUGUUUUUGUUUUGCAGCAUAGAGAAAGAAAAAGGCGAAACAGUGACCGGUCAGAGGAUGGUUAUCCAUCAGACGGUGACUACUCUGAGCAAGAUUACAGACGGGAACCAGGGGACGACAAGAAGAGUAAGACCAUCAUGCUUGGGGGUCUGUCUCCUCACACUACUGAGGAAGAUAUCCGUUUUGCCAUAGACCAGUUGGAGGGACCUCAGCCAGUGGACGUCAGACUGAUGAAAAAGAGGACAGGUAUAAGCCGUGGUUUCGCCUUCGUGGACUUUUAUCACUUGCAAGAUGCUACCAGAUGGAUGGAGACCAAUCAGAAACUCCUCAUCAUCCAAGGCAAGGUCGUCGACAUGCACUUCAGUAACCCUAGAAACAAGUAUGAAGACUGGCUCUGCAACACUUGUGGCCUGUACAAUUUCCGGAGGAGGCUGAAGUGCUUCAGAUGUGGAGCAGCCAAGUCUGAUGGUGAAGCUAGCAAUAAUGCUGGAGCCUCUGAAUCUCAACCCAGUGGAGAUUUCUAUGGCGACACAAUCAUCCUAAGAAAUAUCACCCCUCUGACCACGGUGGAAGCCAUAUUGUCCGCUCUGGCGCCAUACGCUAAUCUGUCAUCCAACAACAUUCGCCUCAUUAAGGACAAGCAAACGGGCCAGAAUCGAGGUUUUGCUUUUGUUCAGCUGUCCUCUCCUCUGGAGGCUUCUCAGCUGCUAACCAUCUUACUAGGACUGCAGCCUUCAUUGAAGUUGGAUGGGAAAACCAUCGGGGUGGAUUAUGCAAAGAGUGCCAGAAAGAAUCUCUUGCUGCCUGAUGGGAAUCGUGUCAGUGCCUUUUCUGUGGCCAGCACGGCCAUCGCAGCAGCCCAGUGGUCAUCAGCACAGCCUUCGCAGAGCUCCGAUGGAAUGUCCGAGUACGCCUACCUUCAAGAAGGAUACGCUCCGCUACCACAGGAAUACCAGACCUAUCAGCAAGGAGCUGCUGGCGCCAGUACCUCUCAGGGAAAUGGACUCCUGGGAGCUGCUCCGGGUGUUAAGAUUCUUCCAGCUGCAGUUGGAGUUGUUCUCUCACAGAGUGCCCAGGUCUACCAGCCGCAUAUCAUCGCCCAGCCUACUGUAAAGGCUCUGCCGCUUGCCCAACCACUGGAGGUUAAAGCCCAAACUGGACUGGUACCAGCAGUGAUGUCUGUGCCAGUUGUAGCUGUAGCUGCUCCUCCGAUCGGUGCUUCCAGCACAGCGCCCCCCGCUGGACAGGCUGUAGACAUCAGUACAGCAGCUCCUAACAUAUCCAAUUACCAAUACGACGAGUCUUCUGGCUACUAUUAUGACCCUCAUUCUGGCCUCUACUAUGAUCCCAAUUCACAUUAUUAUUACAAUGGGCAGACCCAGCAGUAUCUUUACUGGGAUGUGGAGAAGCAGUCAUACCUACCAGCCCCCACAGGAGAAAACGACAAAUCAAACGGAUCUGCAGCCGGAAGCAAGGAGCCCAAAGAGAAAAAAGAGAAACCCAAAAGCAAGACCGCACAGCAGAUCGCUAAAGACAUGGAGCGAUGGGCUAAAAGUCUCAACAAGCAGAAGGAGAACUUCAAGAGUAGCUUUCAGCCCAUCAGUCAGGAGGAGAGGAAAGAGGCAGCAGCAGCUGAUGCUGGAUUCACGCUGUUUGAGAAGAAGCCGUGUGGUUUAGAUCGACUCACGCAGGAAGUGUCGAGGAGCGCGGAAGAAGAGGCACCGAUGAGCUCGGCUGCUGCUUCAAAGUGUGGCCUUGUGGCAGCGUACAGUGGAGACAGUGAUCCAGAGGAAGGAGGAGCAGAACUUGAUGGCGGUGAUGGAGUCCAAGACAAGUUGACGGACUGGAAGAAGUUGGCUUGUCUUCUCUGUAGGAGACAGUUUCCUAAUAAAGAGGGGCUGGUUCGACAUCAGCAGCUCUCCGACCUCCACAAGAAAAACCUGGAGGUUCUUCAUAGAUCCAAAAUGAGUGAAGCAGAGCUGGAAGAGCUGGAAAGAAAAGAGUCUGAGCUGAAAUACAGAGACAGAGCAGCUGAAAGGAGAGAAAAAUAUGGCAUCCCAGAGCCUCCAGUACCUAAAAAGAAGAAAUUUAGCCAGCCAGCAGCUGCAGCUGUUAACUACGAGCAGCCCACGAAAGACGGCCUUAACAGUGAUAAUAUUGGGAACAAAAUGCUCCAGGCCAUGGGUUGGAAGGAGGGCAAAGGUCUCGGUCGCAACCAGCAGGGCAUCACUACUCCUAUUGAGGCACAGCUAAGAACUAAAGGAGCUGGGCUCGGCACUAAAGGCACCAACUACACCCUCUCUCCUUCAGACACCUAUAAAGAUGCGGUUCGUAAAGCCAUGUUUGCUCGCUUCACGGAGCUGGAAUAGUGAGAUGGGAUGGUGUUGAUGUGGUGAUCUGUAUUACAUCCGCUUCCUGAGGCACAAAAGUCUUCAUAAAUAACCCGUGAGGAGUUUACCUCCAACCAGACUAAACAUCUGUCAGUUUACUGACAUCAAGGAAAUAAUUUAUAAGAUGUACAUGAGCAUAAUUAGUUCUUUCCUGGUUUACAUAGUUGUCUUUUUUUUUUUUGUAAAUCUGAUCUAUUAUAUAUUUUUUUUGUGUUGACAUGUUCAGUUUGUACAGUUUAUACAAAAUGUUGUCAAAUUGUAAAUAAAAUAAAUGGUGAGACAUGA